GGAAAACAGACGGUUUACUUAUCUCUCUGCUCUCUUCGUGUCUUAAAGUUGUAAAAAUCCACAUUUAUGAUCAUUAUGAACGUCUUUCCCACCGUGGAGCCCCUUAAAUUCAUCUAUCUAGAUAUUUUUGGAGAUUCUGUUGCUUUAAAGAUUGCACAAAGUGUGUUUAUCACAUUUCAUGGACGAGGCCUUCCCUUAAACAUGAGGUGAGUGAGAGUUAAAUUUGAUUUAUUUAGAGGUAAUUUUGACUCUUGUAGACUAAAUGUUCACCUGACCUCUUCUCAUUAGGUUAUUAUCACCUCAAACUGACCUAAACCUGAAGAACAGAUGAUGGAGAGAUGAUCUCUGCUGGGCUGGAAUGAAGAGGAGGAGGUACAUGAUGAUACAAUAAUGAGAUAACACACACACACACACACACACACACACACACACACACACACACACACACACAGGAAACUGCCAGUACACUCUGACCCAAAGAGCGCGCUGAAACACACCUCAUCCCUUUCUGCGCUUCCCUCCUUUUUUAGAAAGUUUAAAUAAGUGAAAAUAUUCAGUUCAGAUGUAUUCGGGUUAAUGAAGGUCAGCUGUCCUGUCAGUCAUUUAAAUCAACACUAAGGAAUUUUUUAUUUCUGUCCAUCAAUCUGAAAUUGUUUAGAAAGACAAAAUGAUAAAAAAGUAAAUAUUAAAGUACAAAAAUAAAAAUAAAGUCAUGUCUGUGCACAUUAAGUCUUUUACAAUCAUGUUAACAUCCAUGUUUACCUGCCGUCUCUCUAUCUCUUUGCAGCAUUUUUAGCAGACGACCUCCACCUGUUGACAAACCCGGCUGGGAUGAAGUUUCAGGCUGGAAGUCGUGUAAAAGGUAAAUCUUUAUUCCUUUAGUUUGAGUUCUACAAAUCAAGUCAAAACCUUCUCAAAAUAACACAUAAGAGUUUUAAACAGAUAGCUGUUUUCACUUUCACAAAUCAGGGAAACAAACAGAGCAAAUAAACUCUGCGUACCUCAGAGUGGAUUCCUGUUUUUACCGAUAUGAAACUCGGAUGAAUGAGAGCAAAUAAAAGUGCUUCAACAGACAGGUAACAGAGUGUCUGUUGAGGAGACUUUAGACAUUUUCAGUCAGUUUUGUGUUUUAUCAAAGUACCAGAUUGAUGAAAACUUAUAAUACAGUAGAGUUUUAUGAAUCGGAUCCUUUGUGGGUCCACGGUGGUCUAGAUCUGGACUUAGAUUUCUUGUGGCUGCAGGUAAGAGCUCUCAGUGAGUUUCCGUUCCCACUGAGCAGACACAGGGAGUCUGUGUUAUGUUCAGGGAGGGUGGGGGGACGUGUGGGGGUUUGCUUUCUCUUUCUGACUUCAGGUGCCAGGCAACCUCUCUGCCCUUCACAUUCCCAGUAUCGGUCAUGUGACCUGCGUUUGGCCGGAGCCAGGAAAGCAUGACCGAACUUUUUUUUUUUUCCUCUUUACAAUCAGACAGGGUUUAGUUUCUGAUGAAAUCCAGUUCUAGUACCGCCUCAGGACCUUUUUGUUUUACCUGCUGUUUACUUUCUGUUUUUGUUUGCUGUAGUUAAGUGACGACUUUAUUCCCCUCACACUCUUUAAACGUUUAGGAUGAAAAACAAAAGAUUUCGUUCAGACAUGCUGUAUGUUUGAGAGAAAGAAAUCCUGUUGUUGUUUUCUUCUUAUUGUUUGAGAGGUUCACCUGUUUAAGGAUCAAUGAUUAGCUGAUCUGUGACCAAACAUGCCUGAGGCUCUGAAACAAGUGACUGGAACAGCACACCGAGAAUCAGCUCUGUCUGAACCACAGAGAGAGGAAGGAGCUUUAUCUGCUCGACAUUCUUUAGGUUGUUCUGAGUCAUUGUGAUUCAGUCAGUAUCACUGUGUGUUUGUGAGAGGGACAAACAGGCUUCUGAACAGUUUAAAAUCAUGUUGUAUGUAGUUUAUUAGUAAUUUAUUUUUGAACCAAUGUUUCAUCAGGAGUAUUCGCUGGUUUUAUAUCGCUCAAAAUUUAACCAACAAAUUUUCCCAGGUGACCCUGAUUUAAACUUUUCUGCCCCAAAGAGUCUCAACAAUUUAAAACUCCGGUGACGAAGUUCUGGUCCGUGUCAGUGUCAGCUCUCUUCAUCCGGACUGUUCACUGGAGUCUGUCAGUUAUUGUGGAUAUUUAAUGUGAAAAAUGUAAAAACAGGGUCUCACAUAUUAUAUUAAAGAAACCAGCAAUAUUGUUUCCUUUUAUAUUUACAUGAACUUCAUAAACGUCUGAAAAGUCUUCAUCGGAGCUUUAAAGCUCCUGUCAGGAACUUUUGGUUGAUGCCAACUUUGGCGCCCCCUGUGGACAAAAGCGUCUGAAGUUGUGUGUUCUGACAUGAAAUCUCUUCAUCCAAACUCUUCAUGAUGGAGUCUGUCAGUUUUUUUGGAUAUUUAUUUUAAAAAAAUGUAAAAACAGGGUUGUUUCCCCAUCAUACGGGUCUUUUAGCCAUUAAAUAUUACAUUAGAGAACGAUCAGUCUUGUUUCCUUUUAUAUUUACAUAAACGUCAUAAACUUGUAAAAAGUCUUCAUCGGAGCUUUAAAGCUCCUGUCAGGAACUUUUGGUUGAUGCCAACUUUGGCGCCCCCUGUGGACAAAGCCGUCUUUGCUUCUCUUGUGCUUUACUUGUUUAAAAAAAAAUCACAUUUUGCUGAGUUUUGACAGCCGAAUAUCAUUAAUUGUGGACAUAUGUAAAAACAGGGCCGUUUCGUCACCUCCCCCCUCGAGCUGGUUUCAGGUUAUUAAAAUAAUGAAGUACAAACAGUGAAUGUUAAAGUUGAUGGUCUGGUUUGCUUUAAUUAACAUUGACAAACAUCAAUAUGAACUGCAGUUUAUUUUAGAAAUGCAAAAAAAAAAAACCUUAAAGGAGCUUUAAUAUAAUCACAAAAUAUCUGAUCAGAUUUAUUUAUAAAACACAUUUAAAAGAAUUAGAAGAAGAUUAAAAUGAAACAAGAAAAACUGCUUCACUCAACAGCUCUUAACAAACCACAAUUAAAUUUUGAUUUAAGAUGAUCUGUUUAAUUUCAAUAAAUAAAACAGGUGUUUGUGUCAUCAAAUGAACAUUUUUAUCCUUCUUGACCUGUGAAUUCCUAAAACUCUAUUUUUAUAAAUGAAACAGUCCGUGGUUGUAGUUCUCUAAAUCUGCUUGAACAAAAAUGACUUUAAUGGACAGUCCGUCACAGCUGGUAUCAUAAUGUCUCUGUAAUAAAACAUUCAGAUUAUUUAGUUUAAAGGUGUCUGGAGACGGUUGCAUGUGUCUAAAUCCUGAAAUAACCCUUCGUAAACACGUCCUGAACGUGUCUGACACUCGUCUGAAUGUAAACGAGCUCUCUGAUUGGUCGUCGUCGCUGUAAUCAUGAGCAGAUGUCAUGCAGCUCCUGGUUCUUUGUUUGAGGUGACACUGAUAUAGGACUCGGAGUAAUGUGAUAGGUCUCCUUUCCCAUAUUUACUAUGAGCUCCUCAUGAAUCUUUGAAGCUGUUGGCCUUAUCAGGUGUGACUGCAUGUGUUUGUCAGACAGGUGGAAACGCUGGCUGUGAGCUCCGGGCUGAUGGGCCACCGUGAAGAAGAAGAAGAUAACAACGGGCUGUUUUUAUUCUACAUGAACUAAAGAUCAGAGACAGUCAGUAAAGUCUGAUAGACUCUGAACAAAAGGCCUGGUUUCAUUACGUCUGAUUAUUACAGCUGAUACGGGACGAUGAGCGUACGUUAGAGUUUGUGUCAAAGUUAGUAAGCAGCCACUCAUCCAGGUCUGAAGGGUUUAAAGAAGACUUAAUCCUGGAGCCGGUCUGGAGUGACUCACACUUCUUCUCACCUCUGCUCGGUAACCGAUCCUGCGGCUAAUUGUUCAGAGCGUGUGCGGUUAAGUCGUCGGUAACGUAGCCUGUGGGAUUGAAUAACAGGGUUCUCUUACGGAGAAGGCGCCUGAACAGUCAUUUUUCAGGAGUUAGAAGAAAACCUGAAAUAGAGUCUAACCUGAAGAAAUGAAGAAGACAGUUUCAUAAAAAAGUCACUUUUAUUUAAAAAAAACACCUUUAAUAUACAUGAUUGACUGUAAUUGUAUGAUAUGCAGACAUAAUUGCCAUUCUGGAGCUUCAGCGCACACCCUGACCACACUGCACUUAGAGCUGCUCUGAACACAGUGAUCAUCUCUCUGGACUCUUCCAGCUGAUUCAUGAUCCUCAUACUAAACUAUUGACAACAAUAACCCUCUCAUUCAGGAGUGUUUCUGCUCACUCUCCUUGGUUUUGGUUAAGAAAAUACUCCGCAGUAAACAAUGAAGAUGAGACGGGAUAAAAAACGUACAGCUGUACAAUAACGACCGUAUUCAGAGUGCUGACCUUACAAAACAGAGAGAGAACGAGCGAGCGAGAGCGCUAACAUCAGACAGAUUCAGACUCCGACAGGUUUCUUCUCCUCGAUCUUUUCACUCUCUGAAGAACAAGGAGACUAAAUAAAAAAGAUCCUUCAUGGUGGAGUCUCCGUGUUUCCGUCAGCUCCUCACUUCGGUGCUGUUUUUAAUCGAGUCUCUUCCUCUCGGACCUUAAAUCAAACGUAGUCUUUCCUUUCUAACCCGGGACCCCCUGCGGACCGCGGGGCGGAGUAAGCCAUCCGUGAAGGGUUGUAUCUGGUCUCCCGUGGGGGACAGGAGCAGCACAGCAGUCCACCUCCGAGCACCAGCAGGGCGGCGGCCGCCCAGCCGAUGUAGAGAGCGGCGCCCAGCUCCCGGCGCUGGGCGUCGGUGAGGAGAGGGUUGUAGAAGUCCCUGAUGAUGGUGUUGGCGGACCAGGAGACGGGAAUGAGCUGCAUGACUCCAGCGAUGAUGAAGAAGACCCCGGAGAUGAUCAUGACUUUGGCCUUGGACGCCUCGUCGUCGAUACAGUUGGUGCACUUGGCCCCCGCGAUGGCGACGAGCACGGCGAGGAUGGCGAGCAGGAUGGAGAUGACGGUGAGGGCGCGAGCGGCUUGGAGGUCCUGGGACAGAGCCAGCAUGGAGUCGUAGACCUUACACUGCAUCUGACCCGUGCUCUGGACCACGCAGCUCAUCCACAGACCCUCCCAGAUGAUCUGAGCCGUCACGAUGUUGCUCCCGAUGAAGGCCGUCACCCUCCACAUGGGGAGGGCGCACGCCACGAUGGCGAUAAUCCAUCCCAGAAUGCACAGGGAGAUGCCUAUCAACUCCAGCCCUAUAGACAUGCUGACACGUCUUCCUGGUCUUCUGCAGAGUUUGUGUCACACCUGAGAGGAGAUCACCGAGUAAAGAGUCGAACCAAGAUCGUACAGCCGCUCGUUAAGACGAUGUCGGACCUGGCGUCUGCUGAGUGUGCGAUGAUCUGACCUCACCAGUAUCCUGCUUUAUAAGGCAGAUCAGGUGGAUGGGAGGAGUCCUUGGAGGAGUCGACUUCACCAGGAGGGGAGGAAGGAUCUGGACACGGACUGAUCUCAGCUUACAGCGUCACAAAGAGCCCGACCACAAAGAGACCUUUUACAGCCCAGAGGACGGCAGGUAUUUGUCCUGAGGGGGAGGAAGACCGUUCAGUGUGAGCGAGAAGAAGAGCGAGAAUAAGAGUUAAAAUAAAGAGUUAAAAUAAGAAAACAUCCCUCAGUCUGCUGCGGUUCUUCUGGGACAGCAGAGAAACACGACUUUACUGACUGAGCAGUACAUCAGAUUAACCUCACUGUAUCCUGACUGAAUCACGUCUUUUCUGAUUGAGUCCUGGGGAGACCACUUCACUCUGACAGAAAGACUUCAUCAGGAGAUAAAGAGGCCACUCAGAUCCACUUUGGCGAGACUGUGUGAGACAAAAGUCCCCCUAAAGACUGAAAAACCACUAAAAACCUUCACUGUAGGAUCUGGAUCCUCACAGGUCUCUCCUGUUCCGAACUUUGGACCAACAAUUCUGGACAAAAUCAUAAAUGCAGUCGAGUGGGCUUCAUUUUCUUCAUGUGGUCGUUGUACAAUUUAACUCAAAGGUGUUUUAAAUUCAAGCUUUCAUGACCUAGACUCUCAUUUUCUCAUUUUCUCAUUUUACUCGUUUUAUUUUUAACUCUCUGGUUGAUUAAGAAGAGAAAAGUCUCGUUUGUCCUCUUAUUUUGAAAGGUAGAGCUUGUUGUUAACAUCAUGUCCCUGAAUGUCUCUGCUGCAGGGGAACGUACAGCACGAACAGUUCAGUGAAGAAGCUGCUGCUGCUCUUUGUUUUGUCAUUUAUUUGAGUGAAACAGCAAAUUAAAGUAUUUUAAAUCGUCAAAAUCAACUUUUCAUCAGACUGAAGAGGAAGAGGAAGAGAAAACGUAGAUGCACGGGAAAAGUUGGCCUCUGGAGUUAGCUGGGUUUGUAGUUUUAGGUAAGGUAGAUAAGGUGAGGUGGAUAUUACAGUCACUGAUCAGAUCUCUGCUGAGUUAAUCAAUCAAUCAAUGAGACAAUAUCUGCUUCAAGAAUCUGGUUUAAUAAAGACUUUAAACGACUCUGACGGAGCUGCAGCUUGUUUCAUCGUAGUGAGGAGGUCUCUCAUAAACCAGGAAUGUCUGACCUCUCCUGACCUUUAGUAACCUCUCCUGCUCAUCUCCAAAAGGCCGACGUUGACACCAUAAAUAACCGUCUGCUCUCAGAUGUAGUUUCUCUUGUUUCUGAAUCCUGCAGAAGAAGCAGGUCAGACUUUAAUCCCUCUGUGUCGGAGUUUAUGUCUGAUGGGCUGUAAUGACUCUGUCCGUCUGUGUCUGUCUGUCUGUCUGUCUGUCUGUCUGUCUGUCUGCAAAAUGCCCUUGAAAUUCUUCAGAGCUGGGUCCGUUUCCUUAGAAACCCCCUCCUCCUCCCCUCCUGCAUUCUGUAACCCAGUGUUGACAGACCCCCCCCCCACAGUCUCCCCCUCUGACAUGAAUCAGCUCCUUUGUUUGGGAGGGAGCUCAGAUAGUCGAGUGUGUGGAGGCUGACUAAGUCGGUUCUUCUUAUCAUAGAGCCAACAGACAGAUGGGAGACAGGACAGGUGGACAGGAGGACAGGUGGACAGGUGGACAGGUGCGGGGAUGGAGACUCCCCGUUGUCAGGCUAAUGGGGGGCCGGGUAUGGAGGGGACCUGUUAAAAAACAUCUUACUGGUUUUGUUCCUCUGAUCCUCUAAAACUUACCGAGAUAAACCUUCUCCUGCACGAUUCAUCGAUUUUUAUUCAUAAUCAGAUUAUUUGAUUAUGAUGAUGUUAAAAAAAAAUUUCAUCCACACAGAAAUGACGUUUCAGGUGACUGUAAACGGUACUUUUGAAAACGGGUCAGAGAGUGAAUAAAUCUGUAAACGACGACCAUCUCAUCUCCGUGUGGAUGUCUGUCUGCAUCUGUGGAAACGAUCAUGUGACACACAGAGGAACUCUUUUAUGACACCUGAGCGUGUCCGACCAAAACAACCUUUAUACCCAUGCUCUGUGGUAUAUACGUGAUUUUCAGUGGUUUUGUUUUAAGAGACGAUAGAAAAACUUUUAUUCAAGUGAACUUUGGUGAAGAUGUCAAAGUUUUCAGAGAAAAAAAAAUCUGAGUUUUAUUUCCGACCAGAAUUGUGCCGCCUGACCUAAACCAUGAGUCAGCUGAUCGACGUACUUCUGAAAUGACUCUUAAUACUCAGUCUGAGUUAUCCAGAUGUUUUCACCUCUCUGUCUCGAUGAUGACGACGACACAAAAACACUUUAUAGAAAGAUAUGAAAUUAGGCAAUCAAGACAAUUUCAGUAAAAAGGCUUUAAUUUAAUAGAAAAAGGAAACAUUUCAAAAUAAAAGCAUGUAACUAAAAAGAACAAAAUCAGCAUUAUGUGGCUCUGUGACAGACGUCAUGAACGUCCAACAAAACAGAAGCAGACAUUUGAUCAGUUUCAAACAGUAAAAACACACAGACAUGUUCUCUCUUCACGUCGUGUCCCUACAAAAUAAAAUACCAGUCAAACUUCUUCAUUUGUUUUACAGCUUCAUUCAAAGAUUUUCCUCUAAAUGAAAAUAAGUUUUUUACAGCAUAUUUAAAAAAACAGAUUUAUAAGUUAUUAAAAAAAGAGUCCCGUCCCCUCCCUCAGUUCACGAUGGCGGCGUGAGAAAAGAGCAGCUGUGAGCUCAGACAUAGUCUCUCCUGUCGUACCCGCUGGGAGCGACUGACCUGGUCUGAGAGUACACCAUCUUUGACGGAGGUCCGUACUUCUUCUCCGGCUGGGGGGGGCAGCUGGAGCACAGGAUCCCCCCUCCGAGGAGCAGGAAGGCGGCAGCAGCCCAGCCCAGGUACAGAGCCGCUCCGAUCUCCCUCUUCUGGGACUCGUGGACGAUGGGGUUAUUGAACUCCAUGAUGAUGCUGUGAGCCGACCACGACACGGGGAUCAGCUGGGUCAGAGCCGCAACGAUGAAGGCCACCCCGGCGGCGAUCAUGACCCGAGCCUUGGCCGAGUCUUCCUCCACACAGUUGGUGCAUUUGGCCCCCAUGAUGGCCACCAGGAGCCCGAUGACGCCCACCACGAUGGAGAUGAUGGUGAGAGCGCGGGCGGCCUGGAGAUCUCCGCUCAGAGCCAACAUGGAGUCGUGGAUUUUACACUGCAUCUGACCCGUGCUCUGGACCACACAGUUCAUCCAAAUACCCUCCCAGGUGAUCUGAGCCGUGACGAUGUUGUUCCCGAUGAAGGCCGACACUCUCCACAUGGGCAAGGCGCAGGAUACGAUGGAGGAGAUCCACCCCAGGACCGCCAGGGUCACCCCGAGUAUCUCCAUUCCUGCUGAAGGCAUGUCUGAACGCUGUGAGAGUCUAGUCCUCAGAGAUCUUCUGGGUCUGUGUGGAGCUGACUCCUCAGCUGAGCAACAAAUAUCUCUGGAGAAGAAGGUGGAGUCACUUGGCGAUUGGCCCGAGAAGAUUUCAAAUCAUCUCCUGUCCACCCUCGUGUGUGAGCGACUCCAGAUUAAUCAUUGACCGCUCCUCUCCCCCGGUAGCUCUCCGUCUAUUUGGGUGAGGGGAGAGUCAACAGAGGGGGAUUAUCUCAGGUCUGGGGAAGUUAAAGAAUAACUCAAACGCUGAAGAUCGGCUAAUGAAUGAUUAGGAGAGGAGAGCUCUACAUCCUCCUUAAAUUUUAAAUACAGUCUGGUGUUUUACGGCCCACUCUCUACCUCGAUGGUGGGAUGUGGAAAUAUCCGUAAGCUGCAGGAGAUGAUGGCAGACAUCCAGACAGUUUCACGUGGAAUCAGGACACCAUCUGAAGAUGAUGGAGAGCGUUAUGAAAGCUCUCAGCUCUCUGAUGCCAAAAACAGCUUUCUCUCCAGCGGCCUAGAUUACCCUGGGAAGUCAAACUGCUGCACAAACAAAAACAGAAACUUCUCUGGAAGUUGAGUUUGUGUGUGAGGGAGGCUCACUGCGCCCUGAUUAUCACGUAUGAGUAACUCUGAGGAGUGAAGACAGAGAGGGUUUCUCGUCAAAGGGAGUGUGAGUCUGAACAAUUGUCUGCAUGUGUGUUCAGGGGCGGAGGUCUUAUCAGAGUCCUUGUCCAGAAGGUUGGGAUAUAUCAGGAGUUUUGACCUCAGUUUGACUUUACAGAAAAAACCUCCUUAAACACACACAGGAGCUCCGUCAGAGUCUCUGGACACGGUUUAUAAAAACUAAAGAGGAUUUAUUUUAUUCAGGCGACUCUUUAAGAUGAACUUUUAUCCUGUUGGAGGAGAAACGUAAACACUUCCAGCUGAUCAAUCAGCUCUUUGUGGGUCAGGUACAGUCCCGGUUUCAGACUUUUAUCUCUGACUCAGUUUCACUCUCGCAGCGGAGGACGGGCUACAAUGACCACAAGCAUUCGGCGCUCUCUAAAACAAGCCUCUCAUUGUGUUCGUCCUCCAUUUACAAUGAAACAAAAUCCCUAAUUCCUGCGUGCUCCUGUGUGGCUCUUAUAAACUGGACUCUGCUGAACUCCAGAGAAACUGUUCAGGGAGAGUUCAGUUCAGUGUUGUUUUUGGCAGGCAUUUUAGAUUUAGUUUUAGUCUUAGUCAUUUUGACGAAAUGCUUCUUCGUUUUAGUCCAGUUUUAGUCAUUUCUAUCCUUGAUAGUUUUCGUCUAGUUUUAGUCGACGUAAAGGUGCCUUUUGAGGUUCGUGGUGUUCUUUCCCGACAGUUUGAAGCAUGAGGAAGCUGUGGCUCCACAACUGUCGUCUGUCUCGUCUCCCCGUCCCGUGUUUUAUUGUCACUUUUAUUUUAUUGUCACUUGGACUGUAUCUGAAGUAGGACCAAAAAUCAUCCCUCUUUUUUCGGCCACCGGGCACCGCUGCUGUGCCUGCCGCCACGGUGUGUGUGUGUGCGCGCCUCGUCCACCUGCCGCUCUGUGUAUGUGUAUGAGUGUGUGCGCGAGCGAGGCUUUUGGUGCGUGUGUGAUGGGGGCGUGACUGUUAGGACAAAAAAAAGCAUGUUUUGAAACUUUGUUCGUCCACCUAAUAACAAUUUAGUCUCGUCUCGUUCUCGUCUGACGAAAAUGAAUAUAAUUUUCGUCACAUUUUAGUCUUUACAGAGUUUUGGUGACGUUCGUCUUAGUCUCAUUUUCGUCAAGGAAAAAAGGGGUCUGACGUCGUCAUUUAAGUUUUCGUCCUGCCUGACGAAAACAACACUGGUUCAGUUACACUUCAUUACAAACUGUUUCUCCAGAAGAAAAAAAAACCUUAACUUCAGUUUAUUGCUGUAAAUUCGAUCAUUUAUUUAAAAUCUUUAACACAAAUAAUCAGCAGAGACACAGUGUGAAAGUACUGAGGUCAAACAACAGUUAAAUAAAGACUAAAUCAACACAACAGGAAGGAAAACUGAAGAAAUCUAAUAAACACAACGUUGACAUCAUGUGACGGUAAAGUCUGAUUCAUGCUUCCUGUCCAAGUUUCUUUAUGGAGUCACUGAAAGUUCAUCGUGAUUGUUUUCCACACCUCGAUCUUCACACGUAGUCUCUCCUGGUGUAUCCGUUCACCGCCAUCGUCUUCACCCGUGAGUAGUCCACCUGUGGGGGCGCAGAGCCGUGAUCAGCUGUUUUCGAGGGGCAGGAGCAGCAGAGAAGAGCCCCCCCGAGGAUGAGCAGACAGGAGGAAGCCCAGCCGAAGUACAGAGCGUUCCCGAACUCCCUCUUCCCUGUCUCCUCCAGCAGCGGGUCGUAAAAGCCCAGAACGAUGGCGUGAGCCGUCCAGGAAACCGCCACCAGCAGCAGCAGCCCGGCCACCACGAAGAUGACCCCUGCAGAGACCACCAGCCGAGGUUUACUGCUCACAUCCCGGCUGCAGUUGGUGCACUUGGCGCCAGCGACCGACAGGCAAAUACCCACAAUGCUGAGCACCAUGGAGACGAUGACCAAAGCGCGAGCCGCCUGCAGGUCGACGGGAAGCCCCAGCAUGGAGUCAUGAACCUUACAGUGCAUCUGACCCGUGCUCUGCACCGAACAGUUCAUCCACAAACCCUCCCAGAUCACCUGAGAGAUGACGAUGUUCUGACCGAUGAAAGCGGCGACACGCCACAUGGGCAGGCCGCACGCCACCAUCACCCCCAGCCACCCGGCCACAGCCAGGAUCAUCCCCAGGACCUCCAAGCCUGCAGAGGACAUAGUCAAGCAGGGUCUGAGCGAGACCGUCUCCCAGGGCUCUCUGGGAUAGAAGGGCCUCUGUGUCCGCGGGUUCAACCCUCCUGAGAUGACGGCGAUAUCGGAUCUCUAAGUCCUGCUUUAGACUUUUAGAGAGGGAGAAAGAGAGAGAGAGGGGGAAACUGAAUCGACCUUUUUUAUAGAGCUUAGAGGUUUGAAGGUGGAGUCAGCUCCAGGUGGAAUCAUGUUUACCCUCAAACCUCACCUGAAGACGGGGACGCACUCAUGUCUGAAGAAAGACGAGCCGCUGUCAGGUCACAGAUCCACGAGAGAAACUUUUCCACGCACACCUGUGGAGUCUAACACUCACCUGAAGAGUUAUGACAUUGACACUCAUAAUCAUUUUACCCUUUAUUUCUUCUUUAAAGCCUGUUACACUCACCAUAGCGUGUGUGUCUGAGUGUGUAAGACGAACGGCAGCCUUGAAUAAAAGUGCUGAAUCAUCAUCUAAAUGAGAUCUCCGAGCACUGAAAAGGAGAAACAAUGACCGGCCUUGUUCGUGUUUUAACCGGUCCGCAGUGAAGACGCUCAGAACGAUGAAACGUCUUCACCGAGAAUCUUUUCCUCGCCGUCUGUUACCUGAUAAUCAGAGUCGGACUGAGACGUCAAAGCUUAAACACAGACCUGAGAGUUAAUGUCAGGUCGUCUGUCGAACUAAUCCUUUCAUAAGUACUUUCUUUGUGAAUGAUCAUUUGAUGGGAAACCUCACAAACACAGACUAAAGCACAGACUGUGUUCGUCUACACAGUCUGACCGAUCAGGGAUUUAGAUUUUCAUGUUCGAUUCCUUUGUUAAAAAAAUCAGAGUCAGCGUCUAUUUUAGUCCAAAAUGAUCCAGAAAUACCUGAACAGGUGGGCGGUCUUUAGAAGAGUCGACAAUAUCUGUUUGUUUGAGAGAAAAGAGGGUCAGGGCUGAUGAUCUGUGUCAUUACAGGCUUUCCUCGAAUCAGCAGAGGUCACCUGGGGUCGGCGGUCAGGAUGAGUGUCUCUGCUAUCUUUGGUUAACCCCCUCUGCAGACACACAUGAACACACACACAGACCCUCCCAUCCUCCCACACACACACACACACACACACACACACAGACCCUCCCAUCCUCCCACACACACACACACACACACACACUGACUGUUCUCUGAUGUUCUACGCUCCCGCUGCUGCUCAGAUGUUUCUGCAGGUUUUAUUGGUCGAUGAUGAUGAUGACCACGGCCCAAAGAUGUCUGCUUUGAAAACCCAGGAUUUACACCUCAGGAAGGACUAAAGAGGUACAACCAUUGUGCUGCAGAUGCAGGUCAAACAGGCAGGGGGCGCCACUGUUGCAUUCCAUCUAUUGUGUGUGAAAGCGUUUGUCCGGUUGUGCAGAAAACGCCCUAAAGAGGUUUUUUGUUCUUUUUUAACCGUUUAGCUUCAGUCAUGGCGGUCAGUCGACCACAGAGCACCUUCUAGACACUUCCUCUUUCUUACGUCUGAGUUCAACUUCCUUCAAAAACAGAAACAGCACACCAACAUCUUUAUUCAGAACAAGACAUCUCAUUUACCAACUAUUAAUAAAAGCUAAAUCUAAACCUGCACACUUCUGUUGUUUUCCUCUGUACAGGGUGAUCUGUCGCCUCCCUGCAGCUUUUAUCCAUCAGUACAUGACGACGGUGAGCACAACACUUCAUUCUUUAUGCAGCUUCGUCAAACCAUCUCCAUAUUUACAAUAAAUCCUAACAAUAAACAUGAGGACAUUCGUGAGUCUGUCAGUGCAGAUUUUACUUUUUUGCUUUUUUGCUUUUGUUUUCCUCUGAUUUGUUGCCUUUACUUUCUGAAAGGAUCCUGAACCAUCUUUCAUUAACAGUUAAUUAUAUUUUAGCUCAUUUAAUAAAGAUUUAAAUGUAGAAAAUCUCUGAUCCAUUUCUGUAAAGCCUGACAUGCUCCAACACCCUUCAGACGUUGUCUUCCUGUUUAGUUUUCGUCUCUGGUUGUGGAUUAUCAGCUGACUGGGUCUCUGUACCAGGAGUACUCAGUAUUUUGGCUUCAAAGUAAAAACAUUUUUGUGCCAUGAUACCUCAGAGUACCUGAUAAACAUUUGAUAAAACCAGAUUUAGGCCCAAUCAAAACACCAGACAGGAUCGGCUCUUGACUCCUCUGGUAUUUAGUUAAGGUCCAGUUUGUUCUGUUCUGACUUCCACACCUGUACAACAUCCUAACAGUUUUCCUCGGUGUUUCUAAAUACACACAUAGAAUUUACAGGGUACAUAAACGUCUGCUGUAACCUGAAGUCUUUUACACACACACACACACACACCUCAUUAUUACAAACAUUUACCUGUCCACACCUGUAUGACAGUUUUGUGUUUACCUGUGUGUCUCUGUGGGAUCUUUCAGUUUUACAUCUUUAACCUGUUUCUCAUAGAUGUCCCCUGACUGACAUUUGUUAUCCAGUGAACCUCAGCUGGUUUCACUUUAAGUUUCAGUCAUGUUAUAAGAUGACUGGGACAUUAUUAUUAUGGGAUGCUCUUUCAUCAUGUCUGGUUUCCUGGUCUCUGCAGAUCUAUAAUGUUGACCUCCUCUGAUCUUUCCUCUGAGUAACAGUCGCUUCUAUGUUGUUUUUUUUUUACAGCUCGGCCAUUAUUCAGGGAGUUAACCACAGUCUCUGCAGGUGCAGCUCCAGGAUUAGACUCUAUCUUAUACAUGUGUCCACAUGCAGAGCACCUCACUAAACCAUUCACCUGUUGUGGGAGCAGGAGCGAGUUGGACCGGUUUCCAUGAGGUAGUGGUGUCUGCAGCAGGUUGUUUCUUCAUCGUAGGUUUUAACUUUUCAGAGUCAUGAGAUCAUUUCAUUUGUAAAUAUGAAAAACAGAAACACAGGGGAACUUGUUAAAGUCUGUUUUUCAUGUCUGGUGAUGGAUGAGGGUCACAGACAAACAGAAAAGAGGAUCUCUGCACACCUGGAGGGUGAAACGAAAUCAACAGGAUAAACUCGUUGAUUUUGGGUGUAUGAGGCAGAAACAGAAGGGAUUAAAAAGAAAGGAAGUGAUGGUAAUAAAAAGGAAGAAAAGUUGUUCCCAUGUUUAUUAAAAACUCAAAAAGAUUAGAUCUUUACACGUCACUCAAAACAGGAACUGAAACACAGACGUCCAUCACUUCCUAUUAAACACCUGAAACGUCCUUUAGACUCUCUGAAACUGGAGCUGUUUGAUCUGAAACUCAAACAAUUACUGAAUUUCUCAUUUAGAAACAAACCCCUCAGAUCAGAUAUCUGCUGCAGCUCUGAAACCCUGAAACAACCACAUGAAACAAAAACUCAUCACCAUCUUUACAGUCAGAUUUACUCAUGUGUCGCGUUCACUCCGUGUUUUUAAAACCUUCUAAGAAUCUUUAGAAAAUUCUUCUUCAGCUCUGCAGACUCUCGACGACUUCCUGUUUGUGUCAUGUGACAGUGUGUCGUGACUCGUGCCCGAACACGAACAGGUAUGACUCACAAAAGGUCGCACAAUGGCGCUCAGUGUGAUAAUAUUACCCCUGAAACUGUGACUGUACUGGACUCACCGGCCUCAGGGCUCGCUGUCAUGACAUCACACUCCAAAUACAGACAUGACCCGCCCACACAGGUACACAGAACACACACAGGUACACAGGUACACACAUACUUCCCGCUCUGACACAUGAAACCAGUGUAAUACUUUCCUUUCUGUAAAAAAAAAACAGAUAAACAGUCUGACGAAGGAGACGAUUACAAAAUAUUAUCAGUUUAACAAAAACCUGCCUCGACCCUCAGCUGAUAUCACCAUGAUUUCCAAAUUCAUUUAAAAAUCAGUUUUUACAUGCAUGUAAUAUUUACCUUAGAUUUGAAUUUCUUUCUGAAUAAUUUCAGAUUAAAAUCUAUUUUGUGCUGAUGGUUUUACUGACAAAAAUAUUUUUCCAUCUACAGUUAUGUGGUUAAAUGUUCACUUAUGUACCUUGUUUCCUAUCUGUCAGUAUUUUUAAGUUGUUGUAAUUUGUCAAAUACAGAAAAAAAGGGGAAAAAAGGCAGAAAAUAUUGGUAUUAUAAAUACCUCUGAGAAAUCAGCCUCUGAUAAACUACAGCGGGUCGACCGUGAAAUGGACAUUUAAAAAAAACUUAAAGCUCCUGUGAGAAGUUUUUUUUAUCUACUUAUGAAACAAAUUAUAAAAUCUUUUUAUGACCAAUCAGACCAAAUGAGACUGUCAGCGAUAAGACUUAUUAUUUAAUUGCUUUUGUUUGUCUAAAAUAGCUGUCUGGGUCAGGUGUCAGUGGUAUUGAUGAACUCUCCCUCUUUUCAAAUCCAGAAUCAAAACCCACCUGUUCAGAUAAGCCCACUCCUUGUCAUAUUUUUAUGUGAAUUUAAUUUAAAUUUUUUCUUUUUUUUUUUUAACUCUAUUGCUCUUAUCUUGUUGUUUUAUGCUGUUGUUCUUACCUUGUAAAGCGACCGAGUGUUUAGAAAUGCGCUUAUAAAAAAUUAUAUAAUAAUAAUAAUAAUAAUGAUAAUAAUAAUAAUAAUAAUAAUAAUAAUAAUUAUUAUUAUUAUUAUUAUUAUAUCAGUAUUAUUAGUAGUAUUUUUUAUAAUAAUAAUAAUUGUCAUUAUUAUAUUUUUUUAUUAUUUGUAUUAUUUUAAUUUUUAUUAAUGAUUUGUAUUAUUAUCGCUAUUAUUAUUAUUAAUAUUAUUAUUAUAUUGUUAGUAGUAGUAUUUUGUAAUUAUUAUUAUCUUUAUUAUUAUCAUAAUAAUAAUAAUAAUUAUUAUUAUUAUUUAUUAUUAUUUUAUUUAUUUAUUUUUAGUAUUAUUAUAAACUACAUACUAUUUUUUUUUUCUUUUUUGCAUAUUUUUAAGGCAGACAUUUCUUACAGUUGGUCUAUUUUGGUGUAAAAAUAACCCAGAACCAAAUUUUAAAUACUCCUUGGUAACAGGGGGCGCCAAAAUCACCAGGAACAGAAACUACCUCACCAAAGCUUUAAAUAUUUACUAAGUGACAAAACAUUUUCAGUCUAAGACAUUUAAUCUUUUAUUUAAUUCUCAUUGAGAUCUUACUCAAAGACAGAAAACACUCUCAAAGUUUUUUGUAUUAAAUAUUUUGAAAGAUAUUACUUAAAUGCUAAAAAAUAAGCCGACAGUCAGUACAUGUCUCUUUGUCAGCACAGGAGUCAUAUUGGCAGUCAGUCGUGUGAAUACACUCUUAAUACACAUGUGUAACAGACUGUAAACAUCCUGUAAUGUAAGCAUGUUGAUUGACUUUAAGUCAGUUGAACUUUGGAGGACUGAGUCUGUAAAUGUAUCUGAGGUGGAAAAAAACUUCAUGAAGACACCUGUCAGCAGCAGCAGGUUGAUUUUGCAUUUUGCGUUUCUACAUAAUGAGCUUCUUCUCGGUUUAACUGACGGGUUGGACUCUUGGUUCAGAGCCAGAGCAGCCGUUACAGCGAAGUCUGGGCUUGCCUAAGACUACCUGCUGACACACGUCUCCUCGGCUCCCUCCGGCAUUUUCUCACGAAUGUUCAGUCCACCGCUGAACCUGUUGUGCAAAAAUAUGUCCUGUUCCAGUUUACAGAGUCGUCCCAGUGAAGAAAAUGUAAAACCUGUGUUUCGGUUACUUUGGUGAAAUGUCACAACACACCUUCUUUUUUUCUUGAGGGCAGUUUGAGGAAGGCAGAAACUGAUGAGUGGGAGGAAGAGGGGGGAUGACAUGCAGCUGAAGAUUCAGGACUGAAACCACCUGAGCCAAACCUGACCUCCAAAAUCCACAAACACACACUGACCCUUAAGUUAUCAUGAAUCCUUAAUUCUGCAGAGACUGUGUUAUCCAGUAUCAGUUCAGGGCUUUAUAAGGUCACUGAAUGUGUUCAGGAUGUGAAUAAUUCAACAACAUGUGACAGUGGUCCUCCUGCGGCCUACCAGGACCUGCAGAUUAGGACUAAUCUCACCUGAAACCAUCUCUCCUCAGACUCCUAAUUGUGGAAAUUCCUCUGCGGCUCCCUGUGCGUGGAACCUAAUCUCCACGGCAGGUCGAAGAGGCUUAAUGAUCCUACCUUGGAUAAAAUAGAGUCAUUAUAGUCCUAACAGCAGUUUUGGCUCUAAAACACUGACUCCAUUCAGCUCUGAAACUAUCUGAUUCUCUCUCUCUACCUCUCUUUCUCCCUCUCACCGGUCGCUCUUUCUGGAAACAGUCUGUCAGCUGGGAUCACUCUGGGCACUGUGACCGUGUCUCCAACAUCUCUCCUCUGCUGAAGAAAACUGUCGAUUAACCAACAGGGAGAAACUGCGGAGGGUCCAUCUUUCUCCAAACUCGACCUGCAGGAGACUGAAAACCCGUCAACGCUCGAGGACUGACAUCAGUGCAAGGUCAGAUUUAACAUUUCAUCUGUGUGAACUUCUUUAUGAUCGGACAGAUGGGGUCAAUGAGAAAAACGGUGUUUGCAGAAGUUUGAAUGACUUUGUUUUAAAUGUAUUUUCUUUAAAAACAUGGAGGCGCCUUUUGGCGGCGCUGACGGUGCUUUUCUCUUACCUCACAUUAGCGGGUGUGUUUAAAGGGGUGUGAUCUCUGCAGGAGGUGACUUAGAGGAGAUUUUUGCACAAAUUAAUAGGGAACGAGGAGCCAUCUAUCCUUCCUGCAUCAGGAAUCAAAUGAUCUUGACUGUUAUCUUGACUGUUGAAGAGAUUAAAUAUGUGAUUUUGGAUGAUCUUGUUAGUGUUGUGUCGUUCGCGAAAGGAUUCGUUCAAAAGAACCAAAUCUUUUAAGUUAAUGCACUGAACCGAAUCACUUCUUCAAGUGAUUCGUUCGUUUCUCACUUCAGUUGAGCUCUCAGCAGGGCAGGUGCUAAAGCACGCAGCAUUGCCAGGCGAGCAGCCAGUGAACGAGGUACCGCAGACACCGACGCCUGAAUCACUUGGUGAACGAAUCACAUAUCGAACUACACUCUGGAAUCAUUUUUGUUGGACAAAAGUACCUUUUUCAAUUUUUACUGCUAAAUUGCCACCAGAACAACUUGCAUACAAGUGGACACAGCAUGGAACAAGGUAGUGCAUUAAACCUGCAGCAUCCUGUCACUGCAGCGGUCUGUGAGGAAACGGUUCAUGUUCAGUGUGAAUUCUUCUAAAUGUUCAGUGAAUGAAUCACUCACUGAGCCAAAUUUACCGAGCACACCUGCUAAAUAGGACAGUACACUUCAUCAUGACUUAUAAACAGGUUCAUUUUUACAAACCUGUUUGCCAAAGUAACAAAGACAAACACUCUCGUUUCCGGGUUCUAGAAGCUCUGAACUGAAUCCUGAACCGUUCAGCUGUUUAUCAGUUCACGAGGUCGGAGUCGCAGGCUCCUCCUGCCAAGCGCUGAAUGAUUUGGUGAUUUGGUGAACGAGUCUUUUGAACGAAUCUUUUUAGUGAACUGAUUCAAGUGAUUCAGUACAUCUAGAAGAACUGCCGUGCCCAUCACCAGCUGCUGUCAUCCACAGGUGAAACUAUGAGGAGAGAGAUUUUUCUAAACUUCUGCCGAUCCUCACAUAGAUGAAUUUUAAGUUGUGAAACUUUACAAAAGGACUUCAUGAGUUGAGCCUUUGUCUCAAUCCGAAGCUCCACCUCAGCAGCUUGAAAGAUUAGAGACCAGAGGUCAAAGGUCACAUGUGUCCAUUCAUGACAAAGGUGGUUUUCUUUGUUUUUGUCCAGUUUGUACUUUUUAAAAUAUCUGAAUGAAGCAGAAACAAACUCAGAGUCAGCUCUUCUUCCUCUCAGCUUUUCUGUGAAACACUAAAAAAAUAUGCAAAAAAGGAUCACAAGACCAAAAACUGUUUUCUAACAGCCGACGCCGCCGCCACUUUGAAGGCGUGUCCGUUUUUUUAAAAUAUCAGUUUAACUGUUGUGAACACCUGUGAGUCAUGGCGUGGUUAUUCCACCUGCAGCUAAUACUCCACUCAGACAAAAACGGACAUGAUGACACAUGCCCACCUCUGGGAGUGGGGAUGUGGUGGCAGUCAUCACGUCACGGCUUUUUGUGACAGUUUAUGUGUGUGUGUGUGUGUGUGUGUGUGUGCGUGUGUGCGUGUGUGUGUUAAGCCCCUCCCGGGUUAAGUGUAUAUAAGACCCGCUCCAACCUUGCUCAAACAUUUACUCUCGGGAAUCUCUCAAGCACGACUUUUCCAAGUUCAGAGAAAAAACUUUGAGACUCUUUUCGGACGACUUUAAAGGAACCAUGGUGUCAGCUGGUUUUCAGAUGGUGGGCACGGCCCUCUGCAUCAUUGGCUGGAUCGGGGUCAUUGUGGUCUGCGCCCUGCCCCAGUGGAAGGUCACUGCCUUCAUCGGCCAGAACAUCGUCACGGCUCAGACCACCUGGGAGGGGAUAUGGAUGAGCUGCGUGGUGCAGAGUACAGGCCAGAUGCAGUGUAAAGUGUACGACUCCAUGCUGGCGCUCUCCACUGACCUGCAGGCCGCCCGCGCCCUCGUCAUCAUCUCCAUCCUGGUCGGGAUCCUGGGCAUCCUCCUGGCCAUCGCAGGAGGAAAAUGCACCAACUGUGUUGAAGACGAGUCCUCCAAAGCCAAGAUCGGCGUGGCCUCUGGCGUGAUCUUCAUCAUCGCUGGAGUUAUGUGCCUCAUCCCCGUGUGCUGGACGGCAAACACCAUCAUCCAGAACUUCUACAACCCACUGAUGGUGGGGUCUCAGAAAAGGGAGCUGGGAGCUGCACUCUUCAUCGGCUGGGGGGCCUCUGGCCUCCUCCUCAUUGGUGGUGGACUCCUCUGUGCCAACUGCCCCCCCAAGGAUAGCUACUCUGCCAAAUACUCAGCCGCCCGCUCAUCUGCGCCCAAAGACUACGUCUGAGGACCGAACCGCUGCGUGAAAAGACUCGGAGACUGAAAAAGACUUGAAGGGACCGAAGCUGUGAGGUCCGGGACAGAGUUGAUUUAACCACGAUGAGAAUGAUCUGAAUCUAAACGGGGAUUUAUUGUGGUCUCAGAGAGUUCGAACCCUCAGCACGUCAGGAUCGGUUUGAUCAGCGCUGAGGUACAGACGAGUGUGUGUGUGUGUGCCACACCCAAACACCCAAACAGCUGUGGAUGUGGACUCAUCAGAGGGGGAGAAUCCUGAUUAAUGUUCAAUAAGAAUGAUUGAUUUUCAUUUAUGUCUUUUUUUCAUGUCAUUUCAUUUAAACGUCUUUGACUGUCUGAACCUGUAAAUAAAGAUUUUUUAUCAACAUUAAUGAUGGUGUUUGGACGUUAUUACAGAUUUGAUCACAGUGAUAUAACUGCUGAAACCGUACACUUGUACUCUGUAGUGGAAGUUUGAGGAAGAAAGAAUGAGGUGUGGCUCCACACCGACUGCAGGUUUAAGAUGAUUCAUAAUCAGACAUGAGAUUAAAGUUUAAAGAUAUUAAACUGCUUUAUCAAAUCAAUAAACUCAAAGAAAUCCUUCAAAUAUAAUCAAAUACCCCCGCUUUAUAAUCUUUAUAUUUAUCUUUAUUUAUCUUUAUCUUUUUUAAUGUCGAUCAUUUUUGUCCAUCUUACUGUUUUCAUGUCUUUGUCUUAUUAUCUUGAAUUUUACGUACUAUGUAAAGCGUCUUUGAGUGUUUUUAAAAGCGCUGUACAAAUAAAAUGAAUUAUUAUUAUUAUUAUUAUUUUACUGUUUCUAGAGCUCUUAUGAAUAUUCUUAUUCUGGGGUUUUUUUUUUUUUUUGUAGAUUUUAACUCGGCAAUAAACCAGAAUCCUAACUUUACAGAGAGAGUCUGAACAGUUAACUAAAAUGAACCAAAACGUUAUCAGAGGUGACUAAAAAUAACCCAGUUAUUUAUAAUCAUUGGUUAGUCAGUUUGUUCAAACAAACCUGGUUAAAUAAAAGUUAUAAUAAUAAUAAUAAUAAUUAUUAUUAUUAUUAUUAUUAUUAUAGUUAUAUUAAUAGUAAUAAUAACAAAGAUAAUAAUAAUAAUAAAAAAUAAUAAUAACAAUUAAAAAUAAAUAAAUAAUAAAUAAAUAAAUAAAUAAAUAAUACUUCUGUUUCUAAGAGCUGCACGUAACUGUAACGUUCAGCUGAAGCACAAACGUCGGAGUCAUUACCUGUCCUACACUGCCCCCUUGCUGUUCACAAAAUAACAUCCCAGGGCCUCACUCCUGGUCGGGUCUAAAUACCAACUAAACAGAACUUUAAAAGUCUUUAUAGUUUUUAAAGUUUUGCAUGAUAACAAAGUCAAACUUGGUCACAAAUAUUUUUAAAUCUAAAGGAUCUCAUAUGUGUCACCUCUGAAACUUUAAUCUGUGUAAAUGAGUAUAAACCACAAAUCUGUUCAACAUUACUGACUGCUGGUGUUUUCCUUUACUGAGUUUUACAUUUUUUAAUCAUUAUAAGUACGUGCAGCUCUGUAGAGGAAGUCACUGCAUUGGCUUGUUGUCUGUGAACAGUUUGACUCUGCCUCUGCAAAUGCAGAUAAAAGAGGAAACCAGAUUAAAAAUAAAAAUGUUCUGUAUUUCUUUUAGACUCAGCACGACGACUGAGAUAAUAUCAGAAAGACGAUGUUAAACUAAAGUCUGCAGGCAGAGUCUGAGUGCCGCCUGCAGUCCUGACCUGUUAUCCUUUAGGUGCAUCAUGGAAAUAAAACCUCAAACAAGACAAGACUGGGACUUUCUAUUUUUACAACUCCAGUGUUACGCUCCUAAAGCAGAGCACAAGGAAGUAACACAAAGAAUCAAGUGGGAAUCCCAGUGUGUGAAUAAUUUAUUCAACCAAAAUCAGGUAAAGAACAAAAGGGGAUCAAAGAUGGGAGGGAAGGCCGACUGUGCGGGGAAGAGUGCCAAAUAAUGAACGUAAGAUAACAAAACAGGGCCGAACUUAACGCUGUCUUCGACGAGGAAACGAGCAACAAAAAGGCCUGACUAAGAAGAGUCUCUCGAAACACAGAUGGCACCAACACAUAACCUAGUGUGCUUACAAAAGAGUGACUAUGUGUUGUGUAAUGUAAAGGGUACCCCGACCUCCCACCACAAACCCAAAUGUUUUUACUUUGUCUGGUUCCAGUAUUGAUAAGUCACAGAGUCGAACAGUUUCCUCUGAUUCUCUCACCUUUAAAGUGUCAGGAAAAGAAGAAGUGAAGAAACAGGAUGUUUAUCUUUUUUUAUUUUUCCAUUUUAACAUUAAUUAGUUUGUCUGGACUUUUUCCCAUCAAACAAAUUAUUGAAAUGAUCUUCAGCAUCAUUUACACACUGUCUUGUCAAAAAGGUGAAUGUGCUUUAAACUGUUCCCUUUGUUUACGUCUGACCUUGAAGCUCCUGAUUCUGGCAGGUCAGCGCUCCUGAAGGUCACUGCGUCUCUGUUUGUGUGUAAACUCCAUCCAGCCAAUAAGAGCGGAGGGUUUCGGUAUCACAUACCCUCAUGUCCGUGUCCUACUUCUCACACAGCAGCCUAUAAAUACGACCGUCAUCGUCCCACUCACCUGUUUUUCUGGAUUUUAACGUGUGAGGAGGAACGCCGCAGCGAUGGUGUCUCAGGGGAUUCAGAUCAUCGGGAUAUCCAUGUCUGUGAUUGGCUGGUUUCUGGUCAUUGUGGUUUGUGCGCUGCCCAUGUGGAAGGUCACUGCUUUCAUCGGCGCCAACAUCAUCACGGCUCAGACCAUCUGGCAGGGCAUGUGGAUGAACUGUGUGGUCCAGAGCACGGGUCAGAUGCAGUGUAAGGUGUAUGACUCCAUGCUGGCUCUGGCGCCGGACCUUCAGGCCGCUCGAGCCAUGAUCAUCAUCUCCAUCCUGGUCGGGAUCCUCGGACUGUGUCUGUCCAUCGCCGGUGGGAAGUGCACCAACUGCAUCGAGGACGAGCGAUCCAAGGCGAAGGCGUGCAUCGUAGCGGGAGUUUUGUUCAUCGUCUCGGGUUUGCUCUGCCUCAUCCCGGUCUCCUGGUCCGCCCACUCCAUCAUCAGGAACUUCUACAACCCGCUUCUGAUCGAGGCCCAGAGGUACGAGUUGGGAGCGGCGCUGUACAUCGGCUGGGGGGCCGCUGCUCUGCUGCUGAUGGGAGGGGGGCUCCUGUGCUGGAACUGCCCACCCAAACAUGAACACCCCCACUACGUCCCCAAAUUCUCACCUGUGAAGUCCGCCUCCACGUCCCGAGAAUACGUAUAAGACUUUUGAGGUCAUCUGAAGGACAACUUUAACAUUUGAGAUCGCUUCAAAACAUUUUUUUUUUUAUAGUUUUGGAAAUGCAGCUGAGUUUAAAUUUGGUUUGUGUUCAUUUAAAUAUGAAUUUUUGUCUUUUAAAGCAGGUUAAUGAUUUCAACGACGGCUACAUCACAUAUUUCUGCAAGAUAUAUUCACAUCAUCAUUAUUAUGAUAUAUUUAUGUAAGUAUUUAAUCAGGAUUUUACUGCUUAAUUAUUUAAAGUAUCACUCAGAUGGAAUUAUAUCAACAUUUAGGAAAGGUAUGGCUAAUAACUAUCUCUUAAAUUAAUAGUUAUUCUCUUUUUCUCAGCAGUAGGUUCUGCAUAUUUGUGUAUUUGACAUCCAUAUCUCUGUGUUUUAUUAAAACUCUGUGACUGUAAAUAAAAUCUUUAUCUUCUGGAUGUUUGCUGUUUAUAUUUCUGAGUAUCUUAAAGCACAUAAGAGCAAGAAAAAGGUCAAAACAGGAACGGCUCUGAGUGACCCGUGUACAGAUGGUCCAGUCCCUGCUGGUCCAGCUCCAGUCUCACUCUCUCUGUAAAAGACUAACCCUGUCCAAAACACACACACAUUAUAAAAACACCAAAAAUAACCUGAACUAUAGUUUUGUUUUCCCCUCAGGCCCUCAUAUCAGUGUUUAGCUGGUUGUUGUUGUCGUAUCAGAUUUCUGUGUUGGUUGUGGGAACAAUGGAGUUCAAACGGUUUGUUUCCACAACAGUUCCUGCAGAGGGAUCCUCUUUCAAAUGUUAAUAUAAGUGACCACCUUUCUGAAUCUCCUCUCUCCUUUAAGUGUUUUUAUCGAUAGUGAAACUGAUGAUGUCUCUGUCUCUAAUGAUCAUGGUGAGGUGUGUUUUUAAUCAUGUCAUAAAUAACCUUUCACACUGUCAUUUAAAGGCUCAUUUAUGCUCAACGUUACAUACGGGUCCGGAUACGGAUGGAGCUCAUGUUUCGCGCUAUUUCGUCUGUAUUUCUGCGCGUUUACUUUCAAUUUACGGAUACGGGCCAGACGGAGCAGUACCACCGGAAACCAUGGAGGCAGUGUUGCUGCUGUCACGACCUGAUACGCGUCUCUAGAGAGACACGAAGAAGACGACGACGGCAGACAACCUGAAUUACUGAAAAUGACGGUCGUUAUCAGUUUCUCUCAUCGGUGCGACUACAGGAAAGGAAUUCUCCGUCCUCCAACCGCGAAGCAUUGAGUGACCUGACCGCCCGCAAAAUCUACAUUAUCACUAAACUUUUAUCUGCCCCGUGAGUCCAGCUUUUGGGUCCAUAUCCUGGUUCAUGUUAAGUCCUCUAAGGCCACUAAACUGCAUCACUCAUGGCAGGAAUGAGCAAUGGAGCCGCGCAACAAGAAUACUAAUAACAACAAACUUACAAUUUCUAAAUAAUUAGUCGUUAGCUUCAAACAGUAAUAAUUUUGUAAAAAUGACAUGAAGUCUCUGAAGACUUUGAGACCAAAAUAAAAAGUGUGAAGUAUUAUUUAUCUUUGGUUGUGCUCAGUGACUUUGAAUAGAGAAUCAUGUCUUAGUAGUCUGGCAACAGUGGAGAAGGCUUCUGGAGUGCUUGAGGGCUGGAAUGAAGUGUUUCAGAUAAGGGCUGAAGUGAGGGUUGUAAAAAAACACCAAUCUGAGAUAAGUGAAGUUUUUUUAGAGCUGUAAAUCAUGUAGAGACACUGAAAAUCCACCAGAUAAGGCUUUAAAAAGAUCAUCACCCCCCCUGUAUAACUCUGAUUUACUGUCCAGAAGAAAGAACGAGAUGUGAUUGCAUAAUCAUCCGUCCUCGACUAUCUGAGCUGCUUCAGGACCUUUUAAAAGGGUCACUAAGUGGCUGUUACACCACCCAAUAAAACCGUGUUUACUACAGAGAAAUCUGCAUCAGGGAGACUGUCGUUUAAGAACAAAAACAAGGCUUUGUUUGGAAAUAGAUGCCACUCCUCAGUGACUAGAAGAAGGAAUCUAGUUUUACCAGAAGAACUAACCUGACCGAGCGACGGCCCUCCUCCUGAUCAUCCUCCCCGUCAAACACUGAGGGAGAGAGCUGAGGCACUUCCCGAAAGAGAACCAGACCUGUGCAUGAAACCUUCCUCUCUCCUGCUGUCCACGAAUCCUUCGCCAUGGGGAGGAUUGCCAAGGAGGUGGCGGGUCAGAUCAUCAGCUUCAUCGGCUUUGUUGGUACGGCGGUGACGUGCGGGAUCCCCAUGUGGAGAGUGACCAGCUUCAUCGGCGCCAACAUCGUGACAGGACAGAUCAUCUGGGACGGUCUGUGGAUGAAGUGUGUGAUGCAGAGUACGGGGCAGAUGCAGUGUAAGCUGAACGAGUCCGUCAUGAGUCUGUCCAGGGAUCUGCAGGCCGCACGAGCCCUGGUCAUCAUCGCCCUCAUCUUCGCCUUCAUCGGCUUCAUCAUCACCUUCAUCGGAGCGCGGUGCACCAGCUGCCUGAAGAAAGACUCAUCAGGAGCCAAGGUGGUGAUCGGUGGAGGGUGUCUUAUUAUCGCUGGUGCCAUCCUGCUCCUGAUCCCCGUCUGCUGGUCUGCAGCCGUGACCAUCACAGACUUCGAGAACCCCCUGACCAUCAACACGCAGAGGAGGGAAAUCGGAGCCGCCAUCUACAUCGGCUGGGCCUCGGCGCUGAUUCUGCUCAUCGGGGGGAUCAUCCUCUGCACCUCCUGCCCUCCCUCUAAACCUAUGUAUGGAUACCCGGGUUACAGACCACCCGUUUACCCUUACGCAACCUCGAACCCGCCGACAUACAGUCCCGUGUACGUCCCUCCAGCCAGCCGAGCGUACUCAACCAGCGGGUCAUACAUACCAGCCAAACCUUACGGAGUACCAACCGCCUACUCGCCUCAACAGUACGGGUGAAAAGACUGAGAGGACACAGAGAGGUGAAAGACUGAGAAAAACCGCCUCCACGAACUUUUUUAGAAACUAGAAGAAGAGCGGUGUGUAGUCCUGUCCAAGGUUUGAGAUGAGUCAAAUGUAACUGACCUUUUGAUUAUAAACUCUGACAUGUGACUGUUUCCUCCUUUGGAUGAUUUAGAGUCAAAAUCUUCCUGUAUUGUCCUGAUAAAAGAGCGUCAUUGUGUGAAAUCAGUGUAAAUGUGUUUUCUGAUGUGUUUGUUUUGUGUAAAUAACUCUUUUUUUUUUUUUAAGAUUGUUCUGAACAAAUAAAAUAAACCUGUUGUAAUUUAAACAUUUGACUGUCUGUGUGUUAUUUUAUAUUUGAUUCAAUGUUAUAAAAACUGUUUCUGUUGUAAUAAGCCCUUCAGGUUUUUUUUAGUUUAAUUUGUUUUAGUUUAAUUUAAAUUUUUGUUUGUUUGAAUUUUUUUAGUUUAAUUUUAUUUUUUUGUUUAAAUUUUUUAGUGUAGUUUAAUUUUUUGUUUAAAUUUUUUUAGUUUAAUUUUAUUUUUUGUUUAAAUUUUUUUUAGAUUAUUUUAUUUUUUGUUUACAUUUUUUUGUAUAAAUCUUUCAGUUAAAUUUUAUUUUUUGUUUAAAAUUUUUCUGGUUUAAUUUUAUUUUUUGUUUAAAUAUUUUUAGUUUUAUUUCAUUUUUUUUUGUUUACAUUUUUCUAAGUUUAAUUUUAUUCUUUUGGUUAAGUUUAAUUUGAAUUUGAUAUUUUUAGUUUAAUCAUUUCGCUCAGGUUUUAUGUUUGUUUUUUUUUAGUUUAGAUUUUUUGUAUUUUGUUUUUUUGAGGCACUAAUAAAAUACCAAGCAGACUUCUAAAGAUAAAUAUCACUUAAAAAGAUCAAAUAUUAUCAUUUUUAAAUCAGUGAGUGAGUCAUCUAAAAUACUCAAAGUGACGUGUUUACAUUAAAUAAAUUUGUGUUGUUAAAGUGAUCAACUUAACAAACGUAAAAAUCUUAUUUUAAAAUAUUUCAAAAACACAAACUAGGAAACAGGGUCAAACAUGGCGCCCCUCUGUUAACUUCUGACUUCCGGUGAAACUCUCAUCCUUGUUGGUGUUUUUUUAAAAACCUGUGACGAGACCCGACCUUCCGGUGAGCUGACCAAUCACAGGGGUUGUUAGUGGGGUUGCUUUGUUUCGAUGAGGAAUGCCCCGUUUACACAUCCUCGUCUGAGAGUGAUGCUCAUCUCGUCGAAACUACUCCCCAUCCACUCUGGAAUAAUGUAAAGAAUCUGGUGGGGCAGGUAAGUCUGCACCGGUUUCAGGUCAGAGGGCUACACACCUUGACUCCACCCUCACUGAAGACUCACAGUACUUAUAACCAACCGACGUCUUCCUCACCAUUUAAUCCACUUUACAACCUGAGCUGAGCUGACCUGCUCCAGAACCUCUUCAGCCUUCAUUCAGAUCCAAGUGACCCAAACAGAUCCUCAUCAUGGUGUCGAUGGGACGGCAGAUGCUGGGCUUCGCCCUCGCCAUCAUCGGUUUCCUGGGAACCAUCAUCGUUUGCGCUCUGCCCAUGUGGAAGGUGACGGCCUUCAUCGGCGCCAACAUUGUGACGGCGCAGGUCAUCUGGGAGGGUUUAUGGAUGAACUGUGUGAUGCAGAGCACGGGUCAGAUGCAGUGCAAAAUCUACGACUCUCUGCUGGCUCUUCCUCAGGACCUUCAGGCCGCCAGAGCUCUGGUGGUCAUCGCCAUCAUCGUGGCAGCGUUCGGGGUCAUCCUGGGCAUCGCCGGAGGAAAGUGCACCAACUUUGUUGAGGAUUCCCGGUCCAAGGCGAAGGUGGCCAUCGCUGCUGGGAUCGUCUUCAUCUGUGCAGGCGUGCUCAUCCUCAUCCCCGUCUGCUGGUCCGCCAACACCAUCAUCAGGGACUUCUACAACCCGGUCAUGAUCAACGCUCAGAGGAGGGAGCUGGGCGCCGCUCUCUACAUCGGCUGGGGUACAGCUGCUCUCCUCAUCCUGGGGGGCGCCCUCCUCUGCAGCUCUUGUCCACCCAAAGACAGCCCAGAGUAUCCGGUCAAAUACGCCCCCGCCAGAUCCACAGCCACCAGCCGGGCCUACGUCUGAGGAUCCACGCUGCUGGAAAAGACUGUUUUUUUAUUUUGAAGAUGACCUCCUCUGUGGUGAACGUCUGACAGCAGAAGUUGUCUCUCACUGUGGAGGCAGGAGAGCGGGUCUCUUGAGGAAGGAGACGCACGGCGCAGAGACGCGCUUUAAACCCUCUAACAGGAGAGUGACUGGACUGAAUGAGACACUUGUAAUGUAAGCUAGUAUUUAACCUUAUUUUCUCAGAGUGUUUGGUACAUUUAGAAGGAUGACAAAAAGAUACGAUGGGAGGAAACCUGUACAGGACCGCUGAUAUAUUGUGAAUUUAAUGCAGAGAGUAUUUUACAAAUGUCUGUCUCAGUUUGAAGCAGGAUCUAGAGACUGCUAAUGUACACUGACAUUUUUAAUAAAACAUGAACAGAUCAGACUCUCUUGUCGAAGCUCUUUUUCUGUCUUUUUAUUCAAAGAGAACAAGAUUCAUCAUCAGGAAAGGUGCAGGUGUUUAUGUAACGUACCUGCCGGGCAGGUUCAAGUCUGAGAAAACAAAGACUGAGAAAAGUUCAGAGUGACUUAAAACAGGUCAUUGUAAGAGUUAGAUCCUCUAAACGCAGAGAUGUUUUUGCUGUUGAUUCACCUGGUAAUGAAACUGUCCUGCUUUAUUAUCUAAAUAGGUCAGAAAACAGAGAAGUCGGCGCUCAAAAACAUUCUGCGGUUUGAAUUCUUCACACAGACGUUAAACCAGUUCAGCCGGUCGGACAGAGUUCAGUGCCAGCUGGAGCUUUUCUGACUGAACCUGCUUCAGUGUGUGACGACAUACACACACAUACACACACAUACACACACCUGCUGUAACACACCUGAGUCACACAGACAACAAUGAUGUUUAGAUAAAGAAAAACGGUCAUUUCAUAAACUCUCUACAUGUGUUUACAGCUGAUCACAACUGCUGUCUGAGUUUUUGUCGAUACGGGUAAUUUAGGGGGUCUUUGUGGUCGUGGUCUCAACUCAACUCAACUUUAUUUGUAAAGCACUUUAAAACAACCACAGCCGACCAAAGUGCUGUACAUAGAUACACAAAACAGCACAGACAGAAAAAAAACAAUUAAAACAGUGAAUAAAAUAAAAGCAGAUAUUAAAAAGUAAAAUAUAGUUUCAAUGUUUUUAAAAACAUAGAAACAAACGACUAAAAACACUCAAACAGGAGCCGAGUCUCAUGUUGAAAACCGAUGAAUAAAAAUGGGUUUUAAGACGAGUUUUAAAAAUGGACAGUGGGGGAGCUCGUUCCGUAAUUUUGGUCAUUUUUGGAUAACAGCAGUCAUGUGACCUCUCUCAUCACAGUAACAGCAUCAAACUCAGCUGUUCAUUGGCAGUGUCCCGCUUUGACUCUAUUUCAGCAUAAAAACGCCUGUUUAUGUUGAGUAAAUGAUCAUGUUUAGGAUUCAAAGACGUGUUAAAUAAACUUGAAAUCAAACAACAAAAAUGUGAUCAAUUCAUCUAAUCCCAGGUGGCUGUUAAAACCAAAGGAAGUCAUGUGACUUGAACAUAAACAAUAGUGACGACAGUUAUCUCUGGAACCUGGUUAAAGUGGCGGUUUGUUUAUUUUUAAUCACCGUUACCUUCAGCAGAAACUUAUUUUCACCUCCUCUGAGGAAUAUCAUGUCUGAACAUCGUCAUAGAGUUUUGGUUCGGUUGUUUUAAUCAUCGAUUGUGUUUGAUCAGGAUAAAAAUCAGUUCCUGUUUGUUUGUUUGAAAGGGAAGUUUCAAUCAGCUGAUUUAGAGGAAACCUUUGACAUCCAGGAAAUGAAGAGUGACAUUGUAGUUUUUUUUUCUUUUUUCUAUCUAGUCACACACACACACACACACACACACACACACACACACACACACACACACACACACACACACACACACAUGAUGUCAGCUGGAUGAAUCAGGGUGUGAUCACUCAGGUGAACACACCCUGUUGCUGCAUCUCACCUGGUAUCACAUUCCUGCAGAGAGAGAAUCUACCUGAACCGGUUCUGGAUUAAUGACUGUGUUCUGAACUCACAACAUGCCAACGCACAAAGGAACCGAUCCAUCAGAGUCCAGUUUACUAACCAGGUGAUGACUGCAGAGAAACUCCAGGGAUGAAUCACUGAAACUAAAACUGUUUUUAUUCCACCUCUGUGAGGGGAAAGUAAAAAUAACUUUAACUCCUGAGCGCUGACUCGCUAAUCCUUUGGACUUAUGAUGAAACAAAAAUCAUUCAGUCUAUCAUCAUUAAAAUGCUGCUCCUGUAAACGAUACCCUAUUUUACUUUAACCACACGUGUGUAAAAACUGUUGAUGUGAUUGUUUGUCUUGACCGUCAAAAAUGAUUCUAAUUCUCCAAAACUGAUUCACUCAUGGUGGAUUCUGAUUGGAUAAAUGGAUCUCCUUUACCUGAAUGAGACUCAGUCUUAUCGUAUCUUGAUUGUGGGUCUUUAUUAAGGUUGUCAAAGUUAACGCGUUAUUGUCGCGUUAACUCGAGUGACUUUUAUCGCCACUAAUUUUUUUGACGCACGAUUAACGCAAGCCUUAGCCUGGCUUGACCAAACUAUACACACACUGCGUGAAUAUUCUUGCCGUUGUAAAAAGGGUAGAGGAACAGUUGGUGAGUUAUGUGAGGCUCGGGGCACUCCGUAGUUUCGCGAAUCAGGAAGUAGAGCACUGACCGAUACCGCAGCAGACAUAAACAAAUUCACGUGAGCGGUAACUAUGAUAUAAUGGAUAAGAACACGAUUUUGAAUGGAGAGUUCAGCUACAACGCCUUGCCAGAUGGCUCUCUUGACAGGACAAAAGUCAUUUGCGUUUCCUGUCGAGCUGAAUUUAGUUACCACCGGAGUACGUCUAGUCUCAAAUAUCACUUGUCGGCCAAGUACACAGCUGAUGCAGAGAGCCCCCCCCCCCCCCCCCGCCCGCAUACGGAUCGCAUCGAAUGACUGGACAUAUGAAUUACCUUGUAGGACCACCAUUACCAUGAAAAUCCACGAUCUGUCCUCAUCUUGAUUCUUAUGUUGAUAAAAGUAUAACAAUUUGAAAAAGAUCGAUUUAGAAUGGAUCAAAAAUAUGCGAUCAAUUUGCGAUUAAUCAUGAUUAAUUAUGAUCAAAAUUCGAUUAAUCGCGAUUAAAUAUUUUAAUCGAUUGACAGCCCUAGUCUUUAUAAAUAAUAAAAUAAAGCGUAAAGGCUGGACCUGCUGUCUGUGAGUCGUUACAUAACUUUUACUUUUGGAGGGAGUUAGCUGUACCUCUGGAGUUAAAGGGCGUUUUUUUAAAGGCGAUUUCGUCUCUGUCUGCACCUGUCUAGAAUGAGGUUAUUGCAGAUUUUUUGCAACAUUUUUUGUCGGUAUUGCAUUUAGUAGUUGGUCCCUACAUGUAUGACCAUAAAUAAGGUCUUAUUUGAUCUGAAUAAAUAAAAAGGGCUAAUAAAAGGACUUCUUAAUAACACUUAUUGUUAGUAACUUAUCAAUAAAAGUUAUGGCUUAAAUAUCUUGGCACAAAGUCGGUAUUUAGUCUGUGUGUAGUUUGAGUUUGUUGCAGGGUGGACGUCGUCGUCUGGUCAGCUGGUUCAUGUACUUCAUGGAGGGUUUUUUAACUUUUUGCUCUGUAAGUUUUUCUUAAGGUUAGAAAGAUCCAUCAGUGACUCUCCAUCUCUGUACAUUUGAACAAUUAGAGCAAAAAAAGGCUGUAAAAAUAAUGCAUUUGUGAUUUGUGUAUAAAUAAACUUAUAAAUAUCCUGAUGUCUUGACGUGAGGGCGGGCCUGUCUGCAGACUUCUGGCCUCUCUUGAACCUUCGUCCGGUCGGUAUGCGUCUAAAACUCUCUGCAGUCUUACCUGCGUUUUCUCGUAGGUGUGUUUGUCACACCUUGUCGAAUUACCAACAAAACCGCCUCUGUAACACAACCCUCCUCUCCAUCCAGAGGAACAAUCGAUACCCAAACCUUUAUUGUCCUCACAGAAGAAGAAUCCUGCACGGCUGGUAUUCUUUGGCAGGGCCUCUUUAGCUGAGCUUUCACGCCUUCGCUCCUUCAUUCGGCGUCAGAUGAACACAAACACUCCGACGCUCGCAGACAGGAGACCAUGGCUUCGAUGGGGAUGCAGAUCGCCGGCUGCGCCCUGGCUCUCUUCGGUUGGAUCGGGGUGCUGAUCGUCUGCGGUACGCCCAUGUGGAGAGUCACGGCCUUCAUCGGCACCAACAUCGUGACCUCUCAGGUCAUGUGGGAGGGACUCUGGAUGAGCUGCGUGGUCCAGAGUACAGGACAGAUGCAGUGUAAGGUCUACGACUCCAUGCUGGCCCUCAGCAAAGACCUGCAGGGGGCCCGGGCUCUGGUGGUGGUGUCCAUCAUCGUAGGCCUCGUCGGGGUCCUCAUCGCCUUCGCAGGAGGGAAGUGCACCAACUUCAUUCCAAAGGAGAGAGCCAAGGCGAGGGCUUUAGUGGCGGCGGGUGUUUUACUGAUCAUCAGUGGAGUCCUCUGCCUCAUCGCCGUCUCCUGGACCGCCAGCAUCAUCAUCAGGAACUUCUACAACCCCGUGCUGGUGGACGCCCAGAAAAGAGAGCUGGGGGCCUCUCUGUACAUCGGCUGGGGGGCCUCGGCGCUGCUGAUCGUGGGAGGAGCUCUGCUGUGUUCCAGCUGUCCGAAAAAAGACAGCGGGGCCCGAUCAGUGGAGUACUUCAUGGACGAGUCAAGGGGGUACAGCAAACCGGGGUCUGUCCGAUCCUUCACAAAGACAUAUCUUUGACUUUUCUGAGGGGACAUGAAGAAGUUUAAAAAAAGGACAAACACACACACCGAAGGAAACACGCACUUUCUCUUUUCACCGCACCGGAUUUAUGAAGACGCUCUACAAAUGUCAUUUUUUUAUCAGCUGUUUUUUUUUUUUGUAAAGCACUUUUAAUAGAGCAGUAAAGAUAAUAAGUUUAUUAUUAUUACUAUUAUAUUUAAGUGGUAAUAGGCUCUGAAAAAUGAACAUGUUUGUGGGUUUAAUUUAAAUCACAGUGACUCUUUGUUUCACAUGUUUUGGAAAAUUGAUUGAAAACGAUCAUUUCUUGAGAUGUGCACUUUUUUUGUGACAAUAAACGACCUUCUUAUAAUAAUAAUAAUAAUGAUGAUGUUUUUUUUCUUCUGUGCCUUUUGUUGACAUGUGUGUGUUUGUUUAUAAAUCACCUGUCAUGUAGAAAACCUGUUUGUCAGGAUGACAGUCCAGGAAACAAACCUGGUGACUCAGGGACUUCAGAUCUGUUUGGAAAGUUUUAUCCUUUACUGUCGAUGACUGACUCAGAGACACCGCUGAGGUCAAAGGUCAAGAAUGUAGAGAGGAUGUCUCACAGGGGGCUGAAACUGUGUGUGUGUGUGUGUGUGUGUGUGUGUGUGUGUGUGUCCUGCUGUUAUCAGGCUGCAGAUCAGAGAGGAUUGUGUUACCCUGAGAGGAUAAUGAGUGUGUGAAGUUUUCCUCUUUCCUCAGGAGUUCAGAUGUAAAUUUAACCUGCAGCAGCAGCAGCAGCAGCAGCAGCAGCAGCAGCAGCAGCGCCCUCCACCCUCAGAACAGGAGAGAGAAACAGUCAGGUAUAAUUCAGUUUGAGUGAGAGACACUAAAAAAGCUGCUCUCAGGUACUCAGAAUAAAACUACUCUAACAGUAAAUUCAUAAACCGAACAAAACUUUCAGAAAAACUCGUUCCUGAUCAUCUGUGUAGCUUCAGGUUUGGCUCCAAAUCUAAAUUUGGAAAAGUUGGAAAAGUAAGUUUUGGAUCUGAACUUAAACGAACAAAAAGAGAAGAAAAUGUAAAAUAACUCGGUCAAUCAGGGACAAAAACCACUCCACACCUACAUUUCUUUAAAAAUCAGAUUAGACUGCAUCUUCAGAUCACAUCUUCUCAGAUUAAACCACAGACCCUCCUUUCUAUGUUUCUUCUAUUCAAUCAACCUGAUUUUCAAUGUUGUACUAUACCGCCCCCUGAUGGCACUUUGCCGCACAAACAAAAAUCCCCCUCUAUUUUUUCCUGGUGACAUUCAUCAAGAGAAACAGCCUUACGAUAACAGAUUUACGAUCCUCUGACCAACUCUGACUUCUUUUUCCCGAUAAUCGUCCUUCACAGCGUCUUCGAUGGAAACAAGAUCCUCAUGACAAAGUUUUAGUAGGUCAUGAGGAUUUACUUUGAAGAAGUAAAAAAAAAAUCAGGAGGAAAUAAAUGAAAGCAGGAAAAAAAUGAAUCAAAUAAAAAAAAACAUAAAAGAAAUAGAAGUCAGGAUAGAAGAAAAUCGAAGACUGCGUGAAGACGAACCCUUUUAUGACUGAACCUGUUCUUGUGUCUCUCAGGGAGUGACGGAGUCCACAGGGUCCCAUGGCUCUGCAGGAGCUGGGUAUCAGCCUCUCCAUGGUGGGCGUCGCUGGGACCAUCCUGAUCUGCGCUCUGCCCAUGUGGAAGGUGACGGCGUUCAUUGGCACCCACCUGGUGGUCAUGCAGGUGUUCUGGGAGGGGCUGUGGAUGACCUGCGUCAGCGAGUACACGGGUCAGCUGCAGUGUAAACUCUACGACGCCCUGCUGGAUCUGUCACCUGACCUGCAGGCGGCCCGCGGCCUCAUCUGCAUCAGCCUGGUGCUGGGAUGUUUGGGCUUCCUCAUCUUCAUCUUGGGGGCGCGCUGCACCAACUGCCUGGGACACCCGAAGGUCAAGGCCCGGGUGGUGCUGAGCUCCGGCUCCAUCUUCUGCCUGUCCGCUCUCACCACCAUCGUCGCCGUUUCCUGGACGGCGAACUCCAUCAUCAGAGACUUCUACAACCCGCGCGUCCCCGAGGCCCUGAAGAGGGAGAUGGGCGCGGCCAUCUACAUCGGCUUUGUGACCUCCGGGCUGCUCUUCUGUGGGGGGGCCAUCCUGUGCUCAAGCUGCCCACCACAGAGGGGACGGUUGAACUCUAGUGGGUACAUGCUGGCCAGGACACCCACCCACAGCUACGCCAUCAAGAACUACGUUUAGAGAGGAGAGAGGGAUGAGAACAAGAGAGAGCAAGACGCAAACAAGACGCAAACAAGACCAUGUUUAGGUUCAAAUACACAAAAUAUCACAACCCCAAUAACAGAAGAGCUGGGAGGCUUUUACGUGUAGUUUAAAAAAUGAUGGUUUGUAAAUCAUUGAACUGAAAAUAACCAAAAGAUUUCAAGUUACUCCAACUGAAAAGUGUUAAUGUUUAUGAAAAGGAUCAUUUUUGAUGACAGCAGGCGGGACAGGAAAACAAACACAUCUCCAAACCGGUCACAUUAUUCUGUAACAGGGUAUAAAUCAGGAUUCAAGAGGCGCUGAGUCUCAUCAGUAAAAAUGGGAAGAUGUUCACCACUCCAUGAGAAACUAGGAGAGGAAAGAGUUCAGAAGAAACAACAAAAAUAAGAUCAUAUCUGUGGAUUUAUUCAUCUGAGGUUCAUUAUUCUGUAUUAUUACAAGAUUCAAAGACCUGAACUGGUUUGUUGGGAUCUUUGGUCGCUCAGGUGACACUGCA